ACCUCUCACUGCUAUUGCUACUCCACGCAGAAGAGACCAAAUCAACCACUCUUAAAGACUAAUAAGAACAAGCCACCAUUUACCAAAAUGACGGUUAUACCCUCAGGACCUUCUCAGAACAUGCCCCGCCUGCAAACCUUCAUAAUCUUCUACUCCUUAGUUGUCUUUCUCUCCUUCUUGGAAAACCCCAUCUUCCCCUUUUCUCUAUAUAUAAAAAUCCCUUUCUUUCCAUUCUCAACCCAAAUCAAUCCAACCCCACUUCUCUCUAAACCGAUCUCAAUGGCCGGAAACAACCAAAUCCCCCAAUCGGAGUCGGGAUUCGAAGACUGGCUGCCGGAGAUGGCGUGCAAGCUCGGGGGAGAGGGGCUGAUCGGAGAACUCUGCAACGGAUUCAAUCUGCUGAUGGACCCUGAGAAGGGAGUGAUCAAUUUGGAGAGCUUGAAGAGGAAUGCGGCGGCGCUAGGGCUGGGAGAUCAGUCCGACGAGGAGCUGAGAGGCAUGUUGAGAGAAGGGGAUUUCGACGGCGACGGCGCUCUCAAUCAGAUGGAAUUUUGUGUUCUUAUGUUCAGAUUAAGUCCGGAGUUGAUGGACGCCUCCCGCUACUGCUUCCAACAAAGUCUCCGUCCAGACUUUCCCAAUUUUAAUUGAUUUAUUUAUUUAUUUAUUAUUAUUAUUAUUAUUAGUGAAAUAUAUAUAAAAGAAAACACAAAUAAAUUUGAGUCUCUGCCUAUUAAGUUUAUUACAACAACAUUUACACAACAAAACAAAAUAAACAAAUUAUUGAAGAAUUGUAAUGGGCGACAAAAAGAUCAUUACCCUAUAUGUAAAUCUAGCCAUGCUUUUUUUGGAUUUUCAUAUA